UAGACGUACUCUGCGCUGUGUCUAAUAGUGUUUUUCUCCAUAACAACGAGAACUUCCCGCGCCAACGUCACAAGACCAGGCGAGGUGUUGUCCAGCGUGCUGUCGGCGCUAGAGUCGCGGGCAGGCACGGCGAAGGAAUCGGCCGAACUGCUCGAGCUACUGGGGACAUUGCUGGACUUCGACUUCAGUGGUUCAGACCCUGCCCUCCUGGAGGAAUAUGCCAAGUUACUUGUUGAUGUGCUUCGGAAGACAUCUUCAAAUCCUAUUGCUAUGGAAACGUCACGUGACUUUGUUUUAGAUUGCAUGGCAACCAUCACGCAGAUUGCCAAGGCGGUCGGCAGGGCGUGGCCAGAGGGAUCAUCAAUGCGCAUGCACCAGGAUGACACAGAUGUUGUUCUGAGAAAUAAGGAAGAGCAAAUACAACAAGAGGAACACUCUUUCGGCAUCGCCAGUUCGUUCAUUUUGUUCGAUCAAGAGGUCAUGACCCCGCCGGUUGUUCUUGUCGAGAGCCAAUCAGCAGAUUUUCUGGGCUACAGCGCAGAAUUUGAGUCUACGGUGGAUUACGAGUACAACGAGUUUCCUAGUGAACUGGCUAUAAACAUUAACGUCACAAGUGCCUUUAAAGCUUUAAAUGUCCGUGGCAAGGAUUUCACCCUUCAAUACUCAGUGCCCUUGUCUGAGACAGACCUGACAUCGAGCAGAGAACUCAUCUUAUCCCACACAGAGGAGGUUAUUAUAAGGGAGGGCGGUAAUGUCACCAUCGUGUCCGUAUCAUCGACAACCAAAUGUAAAGCCCGAAGCAACCUGGACAGACGUCUUGCAACUGACAAACUGAAUGGAUGCAAGAUCUUGCACAUCGAUGGCAGAACUAGGUCAUGUGAUUGUAAUCACGUGGAUGACGUCACUGUCUUCAUCAAGGUGUGGAAAAUCGGUAUUUCUGGGAUUUUCAGAUGGUCCAUUUCAAUCAGCUGUGUCGUGUCCUUCAUUGCCAUUACCAUCGCCGUGGCCAUCCUUGGAUAUGCACGAUGCUUAUGGAAGGGAGAUGAGGAUUUGUUCCGCACCAUGGUUCUCGUUACCAUAGCAGCGACUGAUAUGUGUCUUUUACUGUCAGUGCAGGAAAUUGAGAGUGAAAUUUUCUGCAAAGCAAAUGCCAUCGUCUUGCACUUUUCCUACCUGUCGAUUUCCGCAUGGAUGUUUGUUCGAGGUUCCUUACUCCUCCGCCAAUCACACAAGCCGUUACAUGGCGCCACGGAGUCACUUCCAAGGCGACGUAUCGGCUUUUUGAUUGGACUAGGCGUCCCCUCAGUCGUUGUUUUCAUUUCAGGCGCUACCUCAGUGUCUCAGUACACGUCCGAGUUUGGAUGUCUGGCCGACUUUAAGGCUCUUUUAUGGGUGUUUCUGUUGCCGGCAAUUAUAGUCUCGAGCGUGAGUAUUGGAACAUUUUUUUUUGUGGCAUUUUCUUGGUUACUCUCUAUAUAUAAAAUUUCGAGCUUUCUUUCCUUCCCCUACCCCAAAAGAAAUGAUCUUCAAAGAUUUGCACUGACGGCUGUUCUGGCAGUGGCAGCGGUGGUCUUGAUGCCAUCAUCAUUGGCUACGCCCACUGGUAAAGUAACAGCAAACGAAUGGCUCUUCGUUGUUGUCAACUCACUUCUCGGACCAUGCGUGUUGUCUCUAUCCUGCUUUACGGACUCCAAGGUUCGCAAAGCUCUUGCCCUUCGGGUUGGUCAGAACAAGAAACGCACUGACAACCUAUCAGUGUCUGCACAAAAGGAUUCAUCAGAGGGAAUCCCCAAGGACCGUGGAGCAUCGUACAUCGACGUUGACUUCACCCCCGUGAUCCCGUGGCAUGGGGCGUCCAAUCACCGCCCAGACUCCCCCAUCGUGUCCGCUGACAAUGACGGCUUCGAAGGUUGUCCAGAGAUCAACCUGCGAGCAUUAGCCUGUUCGACACCUACUCCUCCCCCUUCGAUGCGACCCGAUUCCAGCAUGUCUGAGCUGGAUCUGGAACUUCUUCCCGGCAUGGUGUUAAUGGACGAGCCCAAACUCGUUAAAGAGGUAAAGACUUCCCACCGGGUGUUCGUGAGGGGGUCCUGGCACGUGGAGGAGGAGAAAGUAGUAAGGAAGGUGUAUCGGCGACCCCGAUCCAGCAGGGAAACAUCAACAGUAUAAAAAGUGGGGAAUAUUACACGAGGAGGUGUUAUUUUGUGACUGAAUGUUGAUGUCAAACGGAAUGAGAAUUUGUCGAAGUAACUUCUGAAUUCUUAUCGCAGUAAAUAAUGAAACACAAUUAAUUAAAUUGAAUUUAAAUGACAAAUUUGUACAGUGUAAGAAAAACAGAAAAUUAUCAAUAUGUUAACAAAAGGGUACAAAUAUAUACACACUGGUGUAUUUGUUUUUAAUAUUAUGAGCAACACGCGUAUGGAAAUUAAGGCCAUGAUAAUAAUGCAAUGAGUAUAUGCUCUCACAAUUUCCCUGGU